AUGGCCGCCGCUAUCACCGACAUGGCCGACCUGGAGGAGCUCUCCCGCCUGAGCCCUCUGCCCCCCGGCAGCCCUGGUUCGGCGGCUCGGGACCGGGCUGAGCCCCCCGAGGAGGAGGAGGAAGAGGAGGAGGAGGAAGAGGAGGCGGAGGCCGAGGCGGUGGCGGCGCUGCUGCUGAACGGCGGCAGCGGUGGGGGCGGCGGAGGCGGCGGCGGAGUUGGGGGCGGCGAGGCGGAGACGAUGUCGGAGCCGAGCCCCGAGAGCGCCAGCCAGGCCGGGGAGGACGAGGACGACGAGGAGGACGACGAGGAGGAGGAGGAUGAGAGCAGCAGCAGCGGCGGGGGUGAGGAGGAGAGUAGCGCCGAGAGCCUGGUGGGCAGCAGCGGCGGGAGUAGCAGCGACGAGACCCGCUCGCUGAGCCCCGGCGCCGCCAGCAGCAGCAGCGGGGAUGGGGACGGCAAGGAGGGCCUGGAGGAGCCCAAGGGACCACGGGGCAGCCAGGGCGGCGGCGGGGGCGGCAGCAGUAGCAGCAGCGUCGUCUCCAGCGGCGGCGACGAGGGCUACGGGACCGGGGGAGGCGGAAGCAGCGCGACCUCCGGGGGCCGGCGAGGCAGCUUGGAGAUGUCGUCGGAUGGGGAACCCCUGAGCCGCAUGGACUCGGAGGACAGCAUAAGCAGUACUAUAAUGGAUGUAGACAGCACAAUUUCCAGUGGGCGUUCAACUCCAGCAAUGAUGAAUGGACAAGGAAGCACUACUUCUUCAAGCAAAAAUAUUGCCUAUAAUUGUUGUUGGGACCAGUGCCAGGCUUGCUUCAACUCUAGCCCAGAUCUGGCAGAUCACAUCCGUUCCAUACAUGUAGAUGGUCAGCGAGGAGGGGUAUUUGUUUGCUUAUGGAAAGGUUGUAAAGUAUAUAAUACUCCAUCAACCAGUCAAAGCUGGUUACAAAGGCAUAUGCUGACACACAGUGGAGACAAACCUUUCAAGUGUGUUGUUGGUGGCUGCAAUGCCAGCUUUGCUUCUCAGGGAGGGCUAGCUCGCCAUGUACCCACACACUUCAGUCAGCAGAACUCCUCAAAAGUUUCUAGCCAGCCAAAGGCCAAAGAAGAAUCUCCUUCUAAAGCUGGAAUGAACAAAAGGAGGAAAUUAAAGAACAAAAGACGACGCUCAUUACCACGACCACAUGAUUUCUUCGAUGCACAAACACUGGAUGCGAUAAGACAUCGAGCCAUAUGCUUUAACCUCUCAGCUCAUAUAGAAAGUUUAGGGAAGGGACACAGUGUCGUUUUUCAUAGUACUGUAAUAGCUAAAAGAAAAGAAGAUUCUGGGAAGAUAAAACUUUUGCUUCAUUGGAUGCCUGAAGACAUUCUGCCUGAUGUGUGGGUGAAUGAAAGUGAACGACAUCAGUUAAAAACUAAAGUAGUUCAUUUAUCAAAGCUACCCAAAGAUACUGCCUUGCUUUUGGACCCAAACAUAUACAGAACAAUGCCGCAGAAGAGGUUGAAGAGAACUCUGAUAAGAAAAGUGUUCAAUUUGUAUUUAAGCAAACAGUGAACGACGUUUGCAAUCAACUAAAAAUUCGUCUAUCGAAUUAGGGCUGAAAAUUACUGUUAAAGAGUGUUGCAGUAUGUCUGGUGGCUCCCUUUUCAGGACUAGGGCUUUCUCAUGGAGUACAGUACGUUCAUAUUUACCUAUAUAACUAAUCUGUUAACGGUUUUUGAAAAACCUUUCAAAUUAUUUGAAUAAUUUUCAUAUUUUCAUUUAACCUAAAUGACUCUAAUUUUUUUUUCUGAGGAAAUCAUUUGGUUUUUGAGUUGUUUUUUCAUAAUGUAAGAAAAAUUGUAUUUUUUUUACAAGUAUCUUCAAACUGAAUCUUUUAUGCACCAAAGUUGGUUUUGAAAAGGAAAAUAAAAUCACUUUCUUGCUUGGUGAGCAAGAAGCCAUAUCGAUUUUUUUUAACUUACAGAAAUGGAAAUAUGUGUAACUUGUUAGUAUUGUAUUAAACAAAUGUUGCAUAGAGAUAAUAGAACAUUGCUUGUAAAUAAUUCAGCAGAUUUGUAAUAUAUUUUUAUAUUUUGAAAUGUACUGUAGAUGUUUUUCUAGAGGCAUGAAAGUUAAAUGUAUAUAUUAUGGUAGAAAUAAUAUUGAAGGAUAUUGUAAUUCACUAGUGCUGCCGGAGGAAUUGUUAAUAAAAAGCACCUUCUUUAACAAUAAAUGUCUUUCGCAGACUUAAGGGACUAUAUACUACUGUUAAUAUCUAUAAGAACAAAACAAAUUGAACAUCCUUCCAGAAAGUCUUUGAGGGAGGACCUAUACCCAUAAUAGAAUUAUGGCACUCAUUUCUGACAGUGAUCUUGAAAUCAAUUAUUUCCUUACUGUUGGAAGGACAUAUUGUAAAGUAUGUGGUUAUAUGCAGUGAAACUGCAGAAAAUACUCCUGAUUGAGGAGUUUUCACUUUACUACAGUGAUAUAAAAACCAGCAGUUUUUACACUAAAUUUUUUAAAGAAAUAAUAGACAAAAAUAUAGAAUUAAACCUUUGGUUCCAAAAUGGCAAAGGUUCCAUGAUACAUAAAUCAUUUCUCAUUUCCUUUACAAAAUUAAAAAAUGUAAAAAUUAUGAGAGACUUUAUUCAUUAACAAUGGGGUAAAGAGCUAUAUACAUGAAAUGAGUCUUAUAAAAUUAAAUGACGUGCAAAUAAAAGCACUGCUACUAUAAGACAUUCUGGAAUGGUUGUUUAAUAAGGGUAUUAUCCAUUUGAUCUAUAGCAAUGUGAUUUUAUUUUUUAAAAGAAAAGCAGUGUUUUUUUUUGUUUGUUUGUUUUCUUUUGCUUAAGCACUUCAUCAAUUGCUUUAUUCUGUAUCUGCGAAGUAAUCUGCAAUCUUUUUUGUUCUUUUUAAAAUUUGAUUUGUUAUAAAAUUGCCAAAUAGAAGUGUUUCAGAUACAUAGUUUGUACCUGUAUUUUUAUUUUAUUGCCUCAUGUUCUUGUAAGUCAUUCUUAAUUGACCAAUGAUUGUAGACCUUGCUUGAGUAUUUUUUCUAAUAAAACAGCAAAUCACAUAUAGCUUCAAAUUGUUAACAAUUUAAUUCAAUUUUAAAAAUGACACCUGAAAAGAUACAUCUGAUAUUUUCUAAAGAGCACAGCAAAUAAGUUUUUUCAUUGUGUAGAAAUACUUAGAUGUCAAAACCAGAUUUCCUGAUUCUUGAUUAACUACUGAGUAUUCAAUCACUCAUAAUUCUUUUGCUGCUUAUCUGAUGUUGAUUUGAUACUGUUGAUUAACACACCAAAAAGUAUAUGGAAUUGAAGUGAGCUAGCUUUAUAACUUGUAUGUAUACAUAUAUACACAUAAUAUCCAAUUAUGAUUGGGUAAUAAGUGUGAAAAUUUUAAUUUGUGGUUUUCAUUUAUUAAUGUCUACCCAUCUGUAUUGUUCUCCUACCUUCUAAUAUGAUGUAUUUGUAAUAUGACACCUGAAAUAAGUCUGUCGUCCAGAAUUUAUGUAUUGUUCAGCAUCAAGCAAACUACAGCUCACAAGCAUACCCAUUUAUAUGUUUGUUUUCUAUGCCUGCUUAACCCUGCAUUGGCAGAAUUGAGUGGUGAGACCUUAGGUCCUGCAAGCCCCAAAUUUUUAGUACAGGUUGGCAAUCCCUAAUCCAAAAAUCUGAAAUAAAAAAUGCUCCAAAGUCCAAAACUUUCUGAGUGCUGACAUCAUGCUGCAAGUGGAAAAUUCCACCCCAAUCCGCACGUGAUUGGUCAUAGUCAAAACGUAAUUACAAAUUUGUUUCAUGCAUAAAAUUAUUAAAACAGUUGUGUAAAAUUACCUUCAGUCUAUGUGUAUAAGGUGUAUAUGAGAUAUAAAUGAACUUUAUGUUUAGUCUUGGAUCUCAUUUCUUGAGUCUUAUGUAUAUGCAAAUACUCGAAAAUUUGAAAGAAUCCAAAAUCUGAAAUACUUCUGGUCCCAAGCAUUUCGGAUAAGGGAUACUCAGCCUGUCUCCGAUCCUUUAAGAAAAAGGUUUUGGUUCCUUUGUCUAGCUGACAAAAAGUUUGGAAACAUAUACCUAGACCGCACAACUUGCAUUUUAAUAUGAUAAUGUUGAUCUUGGUGAUAAGCCAGCACAUUAAAUUUUAGUGUAAGUGGUUUAAUAUAUUUUACAGUAAAUAUUGCCAUAUCAGGUACCUACAACAAAUGGUGGUUUUUUGGAAACUUUUACAUUGGGUUUUUUAAUAGUUAUUAAUAGUCCUUCAUUUCAUCA